AUAUAGGUACUUUACAAGGCUUUGGGGUGACAGAUAUAAACCAUGACAACUCCCAUUUUGUCAAGCCUAGUUUCAAUCAUUGACAAGGAAAAGUCUGAGUUGAUUAUUUGCUUAUUCCUUACUUGCUUUGUGUACACCUGGAUUUCCUCCUAUGAUCAGUCCUCCAACCCUUAAUUUCUACCACCUGGGGCGAUCUCAUUCAGCCAUCUGGCUCUAAUAUUCUGAUCCCCCAGUUUCUCUCCAAAACUCCAAAAUGCUUCAUCCUGUUCCCUCCUUGUGUACCAAGUGGCUCACCGUUGUCAUUAACAAUCUGUCUUCCUGACCCCACGGCCCACAUCUCCAGUACCACAGGAUUUUUCACUCCAAUAGAGCAUUCAUUCUGUGCUCAGCACAGCAGUAAUCCUCGAUCUUUUCCCUUCUCUACUCCCACUUGCCUUCCAUCAGCAAAUCUGUGGACUGCGUUUUUAUGGCCCUGGGGAUUGAGCCCAGAGCCCUGUGAAUCCUGCAAACACCUGCCAUUCAACCACAUCCUAGCCCUACUGAGUGACUCCUCAGACCCUGAAAAACAUCCCGAAUCUGACAACUUCUCUCCACUCUGAGGUAUCAGCGUAGUCUCACCAUCAUUCUGAGCUAGACUUCUGUAGCAGCCUCCGCUCCCUAGCUUUCUGCUUUCAUUCUUGUCACGAUUUUUCUACAGAGUGGCCAGAAUGAUUCUUUUAAAACUAUCGUCAGAUCAUGGCUCUUGUCUUUUCAAACCUUGCAGCAGUUUCUCCUUAUCCUCUCCCCCUAGCUAAGGUCAUGACUCCUACUCUUAUUUCCUGUGUUCUUCCCACUGUCUGCUCGAAUGUCAUUUCAUCAAAGUCUUCUUGCCUGGUAGCUUGUCAAAAAUACUAGUCCCACAGGACUCUGAUGUCUAUCGCCUGCCUUAUUUUUCAUCUUGCCACUUGCCACUGUGAGUUUUUUUUUCUUUCCCUCGAGAAAAAAAAAAGAAUCCUCCACGUGAUUUUGUCUUUCACUAUUGUAUUUCCAGGCCCAAAAUUAACUUCUGGAAUAGGGUAAACACUCGGAUGCUUUUAUUAAGUAAAGUAGGAAUUAUUUCAUCGCUUUAAAUAUCAUUUACUGAGUCCUCCUAUGUGUUACCUGCAGCACAGAGUCCUGAGGGAAGGUGCCUGGUCCAUGACUGACAAUGCGGGACGCAAGGCUCUUCCUGGCGAGUCCCCACUUUGGGUGUGGAGGGUGACUUGGCUGCUAUUGGGGACGGAUAAGCAGGGCGGCGGGGUGUGCCCAGGGGGCUGAACCAUCCAGCAUCCCGACCGUCCCGCACAUAAGCUCACGCCCACCGCUGCAGUUCGGGAGCCGGGUGCGCAGAGGUCCAGGACCCGAUGGAGGCGGCCGGGCGCGGGGCGUACUUCGGCUGGAGCGCGGACGCGGGACGCCGGAGGGCGCGGCGCCCGGCAGCGGCGGGCACGGGGCUGCUGCAGGCGGCCAGCGGGGAGCGGCACGCGCUGCUCCUGCUGACCAACCAGGUCGUGCACGCGUGCGGCGACAACAGCGGUGGCCAGCUGGGCCGGAGGGGCGCCCCCAGCGGGAAGCAGCCAGAACCAAUACAGGCAUUGGUAAAUCUACCUGUUGACCUUGUGAGCUGUGGGAAGGAGCACUCUCUGGCUGUCUGCCACAAAGGAAAGGUCUUCGCGUGGGGAGUGGGCUCUGAUGGACAGCUGGGGACUGGAAAAUUCGAGGAAAUAUGUUUCAUACCUCAGAAAAUAAAAGCUCUGACUGGUAUAAAAAUAAUACAGAUUUCCUGCGGAUACUACCACUCCUUGGCAUUAUCAAAAGAUGGGCAAGUGUUUUCAUGGGGAAAGAACAGCCAUGGGCAGCUGGGCCUAGGGCAGGAGUUCCCCUCUCAGGCCAGCCCUCAGAGGGUGAGGUCCCUGGAGGGCAUCCCGCUGGCUCAGGUGGCUGCAGGAGGUGCUCACAGCUUUGCCCUGUCUCUCUCGGGAACUUCAUUUGGCUGGGGAAACAACAGCGCAGGGCAGCUGGCCUUCAGUGGGAAUAAUGUCUUAGUGCAAAGCUAUAAACCUCGUUCUGUUGGUGCACUGAAGAAUCUAGGUGUGGUUUAUAUCAGCUGUGGUUAUGAGCACACUGCAGUGCUUACUCAGAAUGACCAGGUGUUCACUUUUGGAGACAAUAGCUUUGGACAGUUGGGGCAUAACGGCGUGAGCCAGACGACAGGCCCACAACUCGUAGAAGGAAUUGGUGGCCCAGUUUCACAGAUAGACUGUGGAAGUUACCACACCCUUGCAUAUGUCUACACUACUGGUCAGGUGGUGUCUUUUGGUCGUGAACCAAGUCACACAAGCAAUCCAACUCAUCCAGAGACCCCAUCGGAGAACUCUGACAUCAGCUGCCUGAUUUCUGCUGAUGAUCUCAGGGAUAUUCAAAUCAAGCACAUUUUUGCUGGAACAUAUGCUGACUUUGUGACAACUCAUCAGGGUACUUGUUCCACAGGCAUUUCCAGGAAAAACCUGCCAGAGAUAAGCCGAAUUCAUGAGUCUCUAGCAAAAAGAUGGACAACAAUAGAAAGAGCUAAAAGGGAAGCAGCUAAUAGUGAAAUUAGAAUGAUAUUUUCAUCUCCUGCCUGUCUGACUGCAAGCUUUUUGAAGAAGAGAGAAACCAAAGAAACCAUUUCCAUUGAUGUGGAUUUACAGAUGGCAAGAGACACCUUCAAAAAGUUAAUGGAAAAGGAAUGGAUUUCUUCCAUGGUAACUGAAUGUCUGAAGGAUGAUCUGCUCAGAGCUCUUCCGUCCCAUUCUCCACACCAAGAAGCUCUGUCAGUUUUCCUCCUACUCCCAGAAUGUCCUGUGAUGCAUGAUUCUAAAAACUGGAGGAGCCUGGUGAUUCCAUUUGCACAGGCUGUUUGUAAAAUGAAAGAGAAAUCUUCACAAAUCCUGAGAAAGUGCUGGAAAUCUUUGGAUGCAUCUUCUCUGAACACAUUGGUCCAGAUGCUUAAGACAGCCAUCCUCUCUGAACUAUCUGUAAACUAUGCAAGUGCCGAUAAUUUCAACACACUGCUACAAAUGAUGAAAGAAGUACAUAAGGUAAACAAAGCUACCUGUCAGUUACCAGAAAGUACUUUCAACAUAAAUGAACUGUCUGACAUCUUCUGCUUUACCGAAGAGAGAGAAAGACUUUUCAUGCGGGAGAACAAACUGGUACCUGCAUAUAUCAGCAACCAUUUUGUUUUCAGUGAUUUCCCAUUUAUCUUUAACUUGGAAUCCAAAAUUAAAUUAUUACAUGCUGAUUCAAUUGUAAAAAUGCAGAGGACAGAAGAAAAGGUAUACCAACGUGGAAGGGAGGAAGGAAAAGUUGAAUCACCUAGAUUAAUACUGAGAAUCAGGCGAAGUCACCUGGUAGAAGAUGCCUUACGCCAGUUAGCCCAAGUUGAAGACGCCGACCUUUCGAAAACCUUAGUGGUUGAAUUUAUCAAAGAAAUUCGUCCUGAGAGUGGAGGGGUCACAGCUGAAUUCUUCCACUGUAUAUUUGAAGAGAUGACCCACCCAGAAUACGGGAUGUUUAUAUACCCUGAAGAGGGCUCCUGCAUGUGGUUUCCUGUCAGUCCAAAAUAUGAAAAAAAGAGUUACUUCCUCUUCGGUAUGCUCUGUGGGCUCUCCCUAUUCAAUUUCAAUAUUGCCAAAAUUCCUUUCCCACUGGCUCUGUAUAAGAAACUUCUGGACCAAAAGCCAUCUUUGGAAGAUUUAAAAGAACUCAGUCUUUUUUGGGAGAAGAGUUUGCAAGAAGUUCUAAGUGAUGAAGGUAGUGACUUUGAAGAACUUGACAUGUAUUUUUCUAUACACUGGAAUCAAAAUGAUGUUGAUUUAAUUCCAAAUGGGACCUCUGUACCUGUGAACAAAGCCAACAAAAAAGACUAUGUGGCUAAGUGUGUGGACUACAUUUUCAACACCUCCAUAAAGGCAGUUUAUGAAGAAUUUUGUAGAGGGUUUUAUAAAGUAUGUGACAGGAAAGCAAUCAGAUGCUUCUACCCUGAAGAACUAAUGACAGCAGUAAUUGGAAGUACAAAUUAUGACUGGGAAGACUUCGAAAAGAAUUCACAGUAUGAAGAAGGAUACCACAUAUCGCAUCCUACUAUACAGAUGUUUUGGAAGGCUUUCCACAAGUUCACUUUGGAUGAAAAGAAAAAAUUCCUCUUGUUUCUUACAGGGCGUGAUAGAUUGCAUAUAAGAGGCAUCCAGAAUCGAGGGAUAAUAUUCUGCUGUCCUGCAGAUUUCAGUGAAAAAGAUUACCCAAGAUCACUGACGUGCCACAGUAUUCUAUAUCUACCUGCAUAUUCUACAAUGGAAAGGAUGGAGGAAGCCCUUCACACAGCCAUCAAUAGCCACAGGGGCUUUGUGUCACCCGGGAUCCUACUGCCAUGAUCACUUUCAUGGUCUCAGGGAGGCCUCAGUGGCGCAGUCUCUCAGCCUUGGAUUCUUCUGUUUCUGCUUACAUCUAAUCCGUACAAGAGGUUGACAGCUGUUCGUAAGGAUUGGAUGGAAAAUUCAGAGAUAAUAAAGUUGACUCAAGAGUAAUAUUUAUAGUGGCAAAAAUUAUACCGUUUUCUGUGUCCCUAACCUUAUUAGAGUGCUUACUUUUACUGAUUUCAUUAAUAAAAUUCAUUUAAAAUAUACUGAGUAUUAAAAAGUUCACAUAUUUAAAAAGUUUUAUUGUAACCUUGAUAAGUUGUCUGCCAUUUUAAAAGAUAUGUUUGAAAAAAUAAAAAUAGAAACUCAUUUCAACAUAUUUUUGAGGCACGUGCAUGUAUACUGAGGAAUGUCUCUAGAGGUUUGCUUUUAGUAAGUGUCUGAGUGAUAUGUUUGAACAAUCUGAAUUUCAAAGGACCCAUCAAUUCACUAAUUAAUUACAGUCAAUAUUGUGGUGCUAAGAACCAUUCUCAAUGUAGAUGUCUUUAUUUUGGUUAAGCUCUGAGAUCAACCAGCAAUGCCUGUGUACAUGUAGUUAAAUGUGAUACUGAAAUAUGUCUUAUUAUCAUGAAUAUAAAGUAAAUUAAUGGAGAGAUGUAGCUAGGAAUUGCCAAUGAAUUUUGUGGAUCAGGUGUAUGAUAUUAACUCCUCUCCCUCUCUUUUUCUGCCUUUUCUUUCUUCCUUUUUUCUGAGACAGGAUCUUAUCAAAUACUGCAAGCUAACUUUCAAGUCACUGUGCAGCACUGAUAACCUCAAACUCAGGAUCCUCAUGCUUCAGCUGCCUGAAUGCUGUGAUUAUGAUCAUGUACUAUUACGCCUACAUCUAAAUUAAAUUUUAAAGUGUGUAUCAGC